CAGACCUCACGGACGGCAGUUUACGUGUUGGUCUUGUGGUGUUGCAUUAUACUGUUUUCACUAUUCUCUGUAUUAUUCGUCAGCUGUUUAUUUCACAUAUAAGUUCUCUUAGUGAUAUUAUUCAUUUUAUCGUUAAUGUAAUGACCGUAAUUCGUGUAGAUAAAAAAUUAAUAAUAUUUUCAACGUUGUGUCGUCACGUCAAUUGUACUAGUGUAUAUUUAAGUUAUACAACGCAAAAGUCAACGAGGCUAAGCAACCAAGCGAAGCCAAGCUAGUCAGCUGUAGUCGGUUGUGACAGCUACAGUGUCAUCCAGUGAAAUCGACAUCAGUGUCAAUAUUGAAAAAAUUACUCAAGUAUGUGACAGAGGUACUUGGAUUGAUGACUAUUGUCAUUUACUAUCUGAUUUAACCAUUAUAACUUGCCGUUGUUAUCAAACAAGGCAACCUUAACCUUGAAUUCAGCAUCAUUAGCAUGCUAACUGUAUUAUUUUUGAGAAGACGCUGACCAGCACUUGCGUAUCAGCGUUUCCUGCUCUCUUCUGUUAUCCAUUUGGUUAGCUCUGCAAUCAAGAUUAUUCAAAGGAGAGAAAGUCCUUUACUAUUUUCCAAGAUGGGCAACUGUUUGAAAAGCAGUGGAGGUGGUCAAACAGACAAUGCAACGCUACUAAGUAAUAGCGUCGAUCCAGCAGUAACUAGAAGCUUGUCGCAAGAUCCGCUUAGUGCACAGGCAAUGCCUUAUAAUGAGUUGGUGGAUUCACGAUACCCGGCGAUAGCUACGAGAGAAAGACAUACACGAUCGACAGAAUCGAGUAUUGGCGGUCUUGGACUUGGUCAAGGAAUUGGUAUGACUGCAAGUAAUAUAAGAGGAACUGGAAUUAUUAAUUCUAGUACAAUAAAUGAAGAAGAACAUCAGAUGAGAAUCGCUAAACGUAUUGGACUUAUCCAACAUCUACCAUCAAGAGAGUAUGAUGGUACAAAAAAAGGAGAAUGUGUCAUUUGCAUGAUGGAACUGACAAUUGGUGAAGCUGUUCGUUAUCUUCCUUGCAUGCAUACUUAUCAUGCUGUAUGUAUCGACGACUGGCUCCUGCGUUCUCUCACGUGCCCUUCAUGCAUGGAACCUGUCGAUGCAGCACUUAUUAAUUCUUAUCAUCCAACAACUUAGUUUAUUUCUCAAUAUUCUUAUCCAAAUAUUCAGAUGACUGAUAAUUUGUGAGGAUAACGGUUAGGCAAUGGCUGUGUAAUUUUAUCUACACCCAAGAAUAAAAUGUUAGAUAUUUAACGAAACUUAGUGUGUAAUUGAUAAAAUGACUGUGGACGAUUUAUUUGUCUUUUUCUAUAUUUUUUUUUAACGUUAGAGGUUAAUUUUAGACUAAAAAACUAUUAUCAUGAGUAUAAUAAAAUAAUGGGUUAAAAAAAAAUUGGUGCACGUUGCUAUUGCCUAGACUAUCCUAAAAUAAUGAAGCAUCACAUAAUCACGUUGGAAAGCUUUGGUAUUACAAUAUUGCUAUAUUUUAUUGGCUUAAGUAAGGAUGAAUAAAAUGGAGCUGUGACAUAGUGGUUCGUUGACGACAAAAAUGAAUAUAAUUAUAGAUUAUAAGUAUAAAUAUCCGCUAUAGAUAUAAAUAUUUGAUUAGAAAUUUAAUACCAUUAUGAUUAACAAUAAUUAUUAUCUAUUUCUUUGUAUGUAAUAAGAUUAUACAUUAACUGUACAUAUUAAAAGAAAUCCCAUUUUAGCCAAAUUAUGUUGUGUAUCUGAAAAUGUAUUACACAAGACAGUGGGCUGCUUUUAUUCUAAUCAAUAAUUAUUAUUAGAAAAUCGAAAUAGAAUUAAUGUUAAGUGAAUUUUUAAAAUGCAAAUUGUAAUUCAGGUACAUGAUUUGCAGUGUUCAUUUUUAGCGCUGCUACAAAGAAAAAAUCAAUGAUUGAAAUGUUAGAAAUUUUUUUGAUAAUACAUUAUAAAUCAAAUUUUAAA